AUGGAUUCUCCUGCAAAGGGCGACAACCGCCAGGGCUUAAAAGCAAGCCAGAAGCACAUAGAAUUUCAGUUGCAGCGUGAAAAAGCAUACACUCGCGAGCUUGAAGACAGGCUUAAAACGCAACAGGCUCACAUAGCCAAGCUUGACCAGGAUAAAGCAGAGCUGAGACGUGAGCUUAUCACGCUCACUGAUGACGAAAAGAAGAAAAGUAAACUAGAGGAAAAGUGUCAUGCACUACAGAAGGAACUCGCGGAAAAGCAAGCUGCGUUGGUUGCGGAGCAAAAAAGGAUUACAUCUGUUGAGUGCGAAAAGGAGCAAAUUCGACGUGAUGCUCAUGCUUCUAUAGCAAAAUGGUGUGAAGCUGAAAAGCAAUGGAUAGCGGAGAAUGAAGCUCUUCAAAAGGAAUUUGAUGAUUCAAAAGAGAAACUUUUGAAAUUAAAAGGUGAAUCUGAAGAGCUCGUGCGCAGCCGUGAAGAGGCGUUAAAACAACUAAAGCGUGAGAAGGAGCGCUCUUCACGACUGGAGUCUGCAGCUGCUGCAACGGAGAAGAAGAUAGCUUCUUUGCACUCUCGUAUUGAAUCAUUACAGAAUGAUGUAUAUGCGCGGGAUGAAACUGUCUUCAAAUUGGAUGAGGCAGGCAGUAAAUGGCAGGAUAUUUGUCACUCAAAGGAUGACGAAAUCCGAUCCUUGGAAGUACAGAAUAAAAAGCAGUCUGACACUAUUGAGAAAAUUCAAACUACUAUUUCUACGCUGAAUCAGCGCAUUGAGGCUGCCAAGCUUCUAGGAAUAGAGGAGAAGGGACGAACUGAGAAGAUUGCUUGCGAACUGCGUGAGUGCGAAAAAGACAACAAACUGCUUGAACUAGAGUUAGAGGCAGCUCGUCGCGAUCUUGACCACGCCUCACAAAAUGCAUCUAAACAGCAAGAACUGGUGGUGGAUUUGCGAGCAAAGCUGGCCGCAUCAACUGAUCAAAUAAAGGAAAGGAACGCUGAAAUACGAAAGCAGGAGCUGAUUAUUAGUCAACUUACAGCGGACGUUAAGAAAGAAGAAAGAGAGCGAACUGAUAAUGGUUAUUUGGUGAGUUCCUUAGAGAAUCAGCUACAGACUCUUCGUACAGGAUUUGAAGAGGCGCAAUCAGUGAUAAACUCGCUGCAGGAAGAAAAGGCUUUGAUUGAAGUUGAAUUGCAACAGACGAAGGCAUCGCAUGAAGCAAAAGAUGAAGCAGUUGUACUCAUGAAAGCCGAACUUGAGGAUAAGCUUGAGGGUUUUCUUGCGGAUAUCAAGAACCUUGAGUAUGAAGUGAGUGCACGACAGCAAGUGAUUAAUAACAUAACAAAGCAGUUGGGUGAUGCGAAUAUGAAGAAUGAAGAACUUCAUGGGAAGGUUCUACAAGACACUGAGGUGUUAGCUCAGUUUCGCAUUACAAUUGAGGAGUUGCAGAGGGAAAAGCGGAAGGGUUGUUUCGAACAGCUUCUUCAAGAGGAAACCAUCUUCAGGUCCAAGCUGUGUGAAGAAUGCUUUGAAGAUAUGUCUGAUAUCCUUUUAUGGCAAACUGGAGAGAUUGUUACCUUAUUGAGACAAUGUUUUGGUGAGAUUUGUCGCUUAGACAGCGAUACGCGGAAAUUGGAUGCCGAAAAGCUUGCCGCAUUGCACAAAAUAGAUACAAUGAAGUUGAGUCUGGAAGAAGAGAUCCGGGGACUGAGAGAGCGUGAAGCAAAACAGUCUCAUGAAGUUGAAACAAGAAAUGUAGAGUUGGCGGCACUUCAAAAACAAAUCAGGGAGUAUGAGGAAAAUAUAACUUUGUUGAAGAGUGAGCUUGAGGAGCUGCGCAUGCGAGGUGAAGAAUUUCAAAGGGCUGACAAAGUCUUAUCCGAUAAGCUUUUUGCUGCGGAACAACGUCUACAAGAAAUGUCAAUUUCUACAGAGAAGCAGUUAUAUGUGUCAGAGUGUGCUACAAGGUGGCUUGGAGACACUGUGGGGUCACUGAUGUUUUUUUUGACUACUACGUAA